AUGGACGGCCCGAAGCCGAACCUGGCGCCGGCCGUUUCGAUGGAAUCGUUGAAUAGUGUUUCUUCGGAAGCAACGAAUCCAUCACAGGUCCGCACUUUGUUCGUUUCGGGUCUUCCGAUGGAUGCUAAACCACGGGAGCUGUAUCUUUUAUUCCGCGGGUGUCGUGGGUAUGAGGGAGCGCUUCUGAAAAUGACGUCGAAAAACGGAAAACCGACGUCACCAGUGGGAUUUGUGACUUUCCUGACACAACAGGAUGCGCAGGACGCUAGGAAAAUGUUACAAGGAGUCCGAUUCGAUCCCGAAUGUGCACAAGUCCUUCGACUAGAACUUGCCAAAUCGAACACAAAAGUCUCGCGACCCAAACAAUCGCCUCCACCACAACAAUCAGCACUUGCCGCCGCUGGUGUCCCACAGUUUUUGGCACCAAUGCAACCCGAUUUGCUCCUCGAUCCACAGUCGGCUGCUCUUCUCAAUGAGCAUCAACUUUUGGCUCUUUCACUUCCACACUUACAUGCUGCACAGGCACUUCAAGCGUAUAUGCCAGCAUCACUGCAACAAUUCAAUCAGCCAUUGUACGCAGCCGCGGCGGCUCAAUUGCAUCCGGCAGCUGCUGCAGCAGCAGGACUCAGUGCUCAACCACAAGCUUCAACGUCCGCGUGCUCUACCCUUUUCGUCGCCAAUUUAUCCGCUGAGGUGAACGAGGAUCAGCUUCGUGGCGUGUUCAAGGCGUUCACCGGUUUCACACGUCUUCGCUUGCACAACAAAAACGGAUCGUGUGUCGCUUUCGUCGAGUAUUCGGACCUCCAGAAAGCCACACAGGCGAUGUUGGCUCUUCAGGGAUUCCAGGUGUCGGCUAACGAUCGUGGUGGUCUUCGUAUAGAAUACGCACGAAACAAGAUGGCUGAUGUGAAUGGAUAG